AAGAGGGAAGAGAAAGUACGUGAGUGUGAAUGAGUGCUGAGGAGCAACGAAGCCAUCCGACAGGGGGAUUAAAUGAGGCAAAGCGACACAGAGGAGGACCUUGCAGUGGGAAUCUCUCGAUGGACAGAACGGCCGGGAGAAGAGAGUGACUUUCUGCAGCCGCAGUGGCAAGCCUGGGACCAUACGGCUCCCCUUCUCUGUCUGAUUUAUAAGGAGGGACAGUCACACAGCUGCUAACAGAGACAUACCUUCAUACACAGAUACACAAACCACACACCGUAGUUAUGGGGACGGUGAGUGAACUGUGCGUGUCGAGCCUUCAGACGUUCUUGUGUCCAGCUGUCGAGCCACUCGAGCAAGCACCAGUGCCAGAAGACCUCACCCCAGAGGAGCAGCAGGAGCUGGAGAAUAUCCGCCGGCGCAAGCAAGAGCUGCUGGAGGACAUUCAGCGGCUAAAGGAUGAGAUAGCAGAAGUGACUAGUGAGAUUGAGAACCUGGGUUCCACUGAGGAGAGGAAAAAUAUGCAGAGGAAUAAACAGGUGGCCAUGGGCCGUAAAAAAUUUAACAUGGACCCCAAAAAGGGUAUCCAGUUCCUGAUUGAGAAUGACUUGCUGAAGAAUACCAGCGAUGACAUUGCUCAAUUUCUCUACAAGGGUGAGGGCCUCAACAAAACAGCCAUUGGAGAUUACCUUGGAGAAAGAGAUGAAUUCAAUAUCCAGGUCCUUCAUGCCUUUGUGGAGCUCCAUGAGUUCACAGACCUCAACCUGGUUCAGGCCCUAAGACAGUUCCUGUGGAGUUUUCGGCUGCCGGGAGAAGCCCAGAAGAUUGACCGCAUGAUGGAGGCAUUUGCUCAGCGCUACUGUCAAUGCAACCCUGGUGUUUUCCAGUCCACAGACACCUGUUACAUCCUGUCAUUUGCCAUCAUCAUGCUGAACACCAGCCUCCACAACCCGAAUGUGAAAGACAAGCCAACUGUGGAACGAUUCAUCUCCAUGAACAGAGGCAUAAAUGAUGGAGGAGACUUACCUGAAGACCUGCUCAGGAAUCUGUAUGAGAGCAUCAAGAACGAGCCUUUCAAAAUUCCAGAAGACGACGGCAACGACCUCACACACACUUUCUUCAAUCCAGACAGAGAGGGCUGGCUGCUAAAAUUGGGGGGACGAGUUAAAACCUGGAAGAGGAGGUGGUUCAUCCUCACAGACAACUGUCUAUACUACUUUGAGUACACCACGGACAAAGAGCCCAGAGGAAUCAUCCCGCUGGAGAACCUGAGCAUCAAGGAGGUGGAGGAUAAGAAGCCUAACUGCUUUGAGCUUUUCAUUCCUGACAACAAGGACCAGGUGAUAAAAGCCUGCAAGACUGAGGCUGACGGACGUGUUGUGGAGGGCAACCACACCUUCUACCGCAUCUCUGCCCCGACUGCUGAGGAGAAGGAGGAAUGGAUGAACAGCAUCAAAGCAGCCAUUAGCAGGGACCCCUUUUAUGAGAUGCUGGCAGCGAGGAAGAAGAAGGUGUCGUCCAUGAAGAGGCACUAGAGCUGCUCGGCUCUCCCAACGUUGCACUUGACAUAGCCGGGGGAGGGGUGGGGGUGGGGUCCAGGUGUCUGCUCGCCUAUUCUGGGCUGGUGCAGAGGCCAUGGUCGAGGUCUGCCUCAGACCUCUCCAAGGGAUUUCUAUAGGAUGCAUACCAGGUCUGGCUUUGGGACUCAAUGCGCCAGAAAAAACAGGAAGCAUGCUGGGGUUUUUAGAUAAGAGUCAGGGCCAAGGGCUCCUCUAACCUCCUGUCUGAAUGUCUCUCUUUCUCUUACAGCUUUGUAUGUGCUCUCUGUGUAUGAGGCCCGGAAGGGAGUCUUGCUGUGCAACUCAGCAAAAUCCCCUUUGAAGAUGCUUUAAAGAAAAAAAAAAGAAAAAAAUCAUACUUCCCAUAUACAUCGCAUACCUACACAACAUGCAUACACUCAUGCAGUCCCCCCGUCGCACACAUCGUUUUAACUCAGCAGGUCUGACCGAGUGUGGCUACCCAACCAAAAUAUUCCUCACUAUCUGAAAGAAAAGACCUUUUCUGAUGUGCUUUAAUAUGUUUUGGUAAUACGUGUCUAUUUUUACAGCUUUUAGUGUCAAUUCCUCCUUUUUGUUUGUUUGCUUUUGUAAAAUAUAAAGGUCUCGCAACAGAAACUGCAGAGGGGCUGUUGUGGGAGGGAGGGUGGGUAUCAUUUGCAAACUGUUGAUAAUUUUAUAGAAAAACAAAAACCUCUUUGUUAAAAACAAAAAAGAAAAAAAAAACAAGUUGCCACUCAGGAGAUUGUUACAAUGUUCUGAAAAUGUUCAUGUCAGGUUGACUUGGAUCCUGUUCACAACACGACCUCCAUGCAAGGAAUGAAAGACUCGGCGGAGUCCCAGACUGAAGAGUUUUUUUUUGUGUAUGUGAAGCUGCAGUGAGGGUGUCUGUUUGUCUGGACGGGGUCUCAGCGUUUGAUCUGAUUGUCAAUGUUCAUUUCCUGAAGGUCCCAGAGAUGCAUCCUGGGGAUUAGUGACCGCUAAAGAGCGGAGUGUCUUUCACCUUGGGCUUCUGAGGUCUUAGGUUGUCUAGAAAAUACAACUGUCAGCCCCUUUUUGUUUUCUCUUCCUGCACAUUUUCUCUUCUGCUCUCACCUUGUCUCCAACACAAAACCACUUUCUAUUACUGUAUCAUACAAAAGUUAUUUAAGUGUUAGAAAAGUUACUUUACUGCUGCACAGUGCCUGGCGCUCUAGAUGAAAUGUGAUGAGAAAUGCUGCUGGUUAGCGACAAUAGUUCAUUUUUUCUUUUCCUGAUCAAGCAUAGAAUUUUUUGUUUCAAAUCUUGUUCUCUGUCGAGGGUUACCGUUCUAACGGUAGGCCUUCAGCCCAACCUCACCAAUCAUUGUACAAUACUGCGUUCUUCGGCUUGUUUAUAUCUAAGUUGACGUCAUGAUAUAGUUUAUGACGUCGUUGUUGAGGCUUUAAAGGAGCACAAAUAAAUGUGUGGAUUAUUGAAGCUAUGCCUAGAAAAGAAAGGGUUGUCCCCGUCUCAGGAUCCAAUGUUUGAUGUGAAACAAUACAGGACUACUUUUUGUAUCAGGAAUGUACUGCAGUGAACCAAAAGAUAGAGGACAGGACGGCUGAUCCGACGGUCACGCUGCAGCAGUGACGCGUCCAAAAAGCAAAAAAAAAAAUUGUGUCGCGGCACAAUUUUACAAAUGCAGUCUGAGCUGUGCAUCAAGCAGUUGUCUUUUCUACUCUCGUCUACAGUUGUCUCAUCUGUGCCUGCUGUCCAUAAUCCACGCUCCCUGCCUGUUCUGUUUCCUGGGUCUCUUUUUUUUUCCUUUGCUCCUCUAAGCGCACUGCUCCUAGAGGGUAAAGUACAAAUGCAAAACAAUCAUAAUUCUAGACAGUAUUGGUUUAUUUAUCAAAGUUGUACAUAUUUAAAUGUAUAGUGGGUAUUUUGUCCUCAUUUUGUUUCUUAUUAGUUUUACCAUUUUCCUUUGAUAUACUGUCAUAAUGUUUGAUUUAAGGUUUCUAUCAAUGCCAUUUAAUCAAGCUGAAAUAAAGACAAAUUUGUCACAAUGAUGA